AAAGCAGCUGAAUAGAGGAAGAGACAGAAAAGUCAGCUGUGAAGAGACUGAAAACAUGAACAGGAAAUUAACACAGAGGUGAGUCACACAGGUGACCUGCUUCUCAGAAAAACAGACGAACAUCUGCCCCUCACUCUGACUGUGACUCUAACAAACGCAGCAACAUGCCGUCAAAUGUGGAACGUAAAGGAUCAGAAAGAGGAACAUCAUGUUUCAGCAGAGCAGUCAGAAGCAUCAGGAGGGCUCUGUCCAGGAUCUGUACAUGUGACUGUGCAAAAAAACGCCGCUCAAACCGAGAAGAAAUUUGUUCUCGAUAUGUACCAGAUGAGGAUAUGCGUGCAACUCUAAGGGUUUCCAGAAAGAGUUUGUCCAGUUAUGGACAAAUAAAGAGACGAGCUGAAUAUGAACCAGACUAUGUCCUCCCUACAAAGCAACGUCAUUAUGAGUCCCUAGUCUACUCUAAAAGAAUAGUAAUAAAGGGUGAGUCCAGAAGUCAUAACUCUUUUUCUCCUCCUUCUGGAGGAGUCUAUGAGUGCUCAUCAGGAUCUAUCCCAGCAGUUCCUCCUGUCUCCACCGGAGGAGGAGAACAAUAUGCAUUAGGUAGCUGCUCAGGUUAUACCCCAGGCUGCCCUGUCUGCAUUGAAAUACACCCUCCAUGUGCAGAACGCAGGCUCACAGACGUCCUAGACGUUCCUGUCUGCACUGCAGGACGUAGAGGACAAGAUACAUUUGAACAUCUGCCUGUGCAGCCUGGAAUCAGCUCAGACGGUGUCAGUGAUGUCCUGGUGGAAACAGAGGCGACUGUUACAGCUGUGGCCUACUCAGUCACAAACACCCAGCCCCCCCAUCCUCCCCUCCAGCUCUCCGUCACAGAUUCUUGUGAGACCAGGAUCUCCAGGUCUGUGUCUCGCUGUGUCAGCGCUCCCUCGCUGAGUCAGAUCACCUGUGCAGAGACUGAGAGCUUGAAACGAGCUGAGAGUUUACCUGCCAUGAUGUUAAACAGCAGCUUUGAGGAGUUCACCCCUGAUAUCAGUGCUGAAGGAGACGAUGAGAGCUACAGUUUCCAGUGCUCCGGCCCAGGCCUGUACCAGUGCAGCGUGACAGGCCUGCUGUUUGACAUGGAGGGAGAAGGGGACGUGGUUUACAGGCUGGUCCCUUGGAACAGGAGGCUACUGGCCCCACAUCACAAGAAGCCUGCAGGACCCCUGUUUGACAUCAAAUGUGUGCAGCAGUGUGUGAGGCAGCUUCACCUCCCACACUGUGAGAUCCGCUCCACAGGAGGAGGUCACUUCCUGUCAGUGGCUCAUGUGAACGAUGAGGCCGUGGAGUUUAUCGGGCCUCAUCAGACCACAGAGACUCACCUGGUUAUAAACAUCAGCGGCUUUUCUGCUUUCGGUAACGUCAAGGACGAAGACGCCCCACCCGAGCCGGUCCGAGCGUUGGUCCUGCUGUUCUACAGGCCCCCGGCCGACCCUGAUCCUGAAUCUCUCCUCAAUGUGUUGCUGCUGCCCAGAAAUGUUCCUCUGCGGGACGUGCUGCGCACCAGGAAGAAGUUAGUGGGAGAUGAGACGUACAUAGAGACGUCCCCACACUGUAAACUGAUCCCAGGUCAGGUCUACACUCUGUCCACUUGUCCUGAAGACCACUCGCUUCUAGUCCAACCAACAGAAGCUGAGUUUGACUCUGACAACUACGACGACUACUUUCCAUCGUUCCAGGUGAGCUGGGAAACCAGGCUGAAACACGUGAAGCUGGUUCUGAGAGACAGCGACGGCUCCCACAGCGCGUGGGAAAGACGAGUUUGUCUUUGGUCCAGUGGAGGGAAAAGGUGGUGUGGGCCGAGUCCUCUGAACGUGGCCUCGAACCAGAGGCUGCUGGACGUACGGAGCAGCUUCAUCGAUGGGAUAUCAGGACCUGUUCUCAAGAGUCUGCUGGACAAACUGUUUGAGAAAAGGGUGAUGAGUGAUUCAGAGAGGGAGUCAGCGGACGAGACGCAGAACAAAAGAGACAAAGCUCGUUUUGUUGUGGACACAGUGAGGAGGAAAGGAGAAGCUGCUAGUUCAGAGAUGAUUGAGCUUCUCUGUGAGCUCGACCCCUUCCUCUGUGAACACCUGGAGCUCACCUGAACAUCAACCUUCAUCUCUGGCAUCUGCUCAGUUCAUAUAUAUCCACAUGAAGUACAUGUUUCUUUGUAGCUGACAGUUUACAGAUUCUUCUCUUUCUCCUUCAUAAUAAGAACAUUUACAUCAAAUGUCCAGUAGGUGGCGAUAUUUUAUCAGGAGUCUGUUUGGUUGAGUGUUGUGUUGAACCUGAACCUGAAUCUACAUUUGGUCAAAAUACACAGAAAAGAAGAGGAAUGAAACAUCAACAAAGACCUGUGUGAUUCUGGACAGAGAGUCCCACACAUUUAGUUUGUUUUAUAGGCGACAAAAUGUUUCAGUCUACAUUUAUAUGUCAACAGUUUUUAGUCAGUAAUGUUGAUUUUCUGAUUGUUUGAGUGACAUCAACAUGUUGUUCUCAGGGAGAAUAAUGAAAAUAAGUCAUUUUUCAUUUAUAUAUUCUAAAAGAAAAACCUCAUGCUCCAAAAAUAAAG